AUGCUCAAGAACAUGGAUAACGGACAAGAGCCCACUGCCAACGAUCAGGUCACUGGGAAACCCAAAGAGGAGCUGCAACAGAUGUGGGCCGAUUUUGGCCCUGAUGUCAAGAAGAGGCCCAGGGGCAAUCCAGUCCACGUGGUGUCGUGGAGCUGGGGGGACUUCCGGAAAGGUGUCCCUCACACGACAUUGUACUACACACUGAGGCUCGGCACUUGGUAUCCCCACGUCCUGGCUAGGACCAAGGCAUACGCCAGUACUUUGCAUCAAUUCACUUGCCAUACAAACUUCGUGAGGGGUAAGCGGUAUCAUGACGAAAUUGCUUUCUGCUGCGAUCUAAAUUACGACGUCCUCGACAUCGUCAACGUUGACGAAAGAGGGGUACCUCUGGGCCAGCUCCUCAGGAUUGAUUUCAUCCUUUUUGCUUUGCCGUCCAUGACCUUUUGGGAUGAUCGUGUGAUUGAGGGCUCGGACACAAUUGUUGGUUCGGAUCAUUGUGCUAUCAGUGUUAGUUUGCAGUCUCUGCCUUCUAUAGGACGCGAAGCUCGGGACCUAGCCAAACAAAUUGCUGACACGCGCAAGAAAGCCAAGAAGGAGUGGCUUGCAGCCCUGCUCGAGAAGAGUGCAGGAGGUGGCCGCAGCAAAGCUAUCGCUGACCUGCGCGCCUUCUACCAGCGCAAGUACACACCCCAGGAGAUUCGAGACGUUGCCUUCAUGUGCAAGCAUAACAAGAGUACGGGAGCUGACGGGAUUUCCUACGAAGCUUUGCAGCCCAUUGUAUUGUCAUCAACAGUUGCCAAGGUGUUUACCAAGGCACUGAUGCUACGCUUGCGGCCGAGACUACCCGACAUUGGUGCCUUUCAGGCGCAAGGGAGUCGUGAAGCUGAGGUCCUACUUGACGUCAUUUGCAACAGCCGGGUAGGAGUGGCAACAGCGUGA